AUAGAUCCAGUCGAAGUGCGCGCCGUUGAAUUGAAUAGUGUUCUUCAUUUAAUUAACACUCGCACACCGGUAUCCAAGUAUAAUGUAAUAUGUCACUCUGAUUGCUGGAAUAACAAUAAUUUAUUUAAAUAUCAGGGCGAAAAUCCAGUCGACGUAGUUUUGGUGGAUUACCAAUUGGCGCGUUUUGCAUCGCCGGUUACGGAUAUUUCGUAUUUCUUGUACAUGAGUGCAAAUUAUGACUUUCUCUCCAAAUAUUACGAUCAGCUACUAGACAUUUAUUACGGAACAGUGGCAGGUAUCCUCCGUGAGUGUGAUAUUGAUAUAGAAGAAACAUUUCCUCGGCAUAUAUUGCAGGAUCAUUUGAAAGAAUAUUCAGUUCUGGGUCUCGUUGAAGCUCUAAUAUCAAUGAAAAUUGUGACCGCGGAGUCUGAGGAGGCUCAAAAAAUGCUUGAAAUGAAACACCAAGCGCCAAAUGACUUGCACGAGUAUGAAACACAGAAUCAAAUUAUGUUCGUUGAACGAGUUAACGGAAUUGUUAAGUUUUUUUUCGAACGAAACUUCACUCUAGAUGGAGUUUUAAUAAAGCAAUAA